UAGUUAGUCUGGGAGUUGUGGCAGAGAGAGGUGUCCGCGCCCGGUCUCCCUCACUCGUCUAUGGCGGGGAGCUCUCAGUUACCUCCACGCAGCGGAGGAGAGUGCCACGGUUACGCUCCGCGCCCGCUCCCACACCAGCCACCGGGGACUUGUCUUUCCAUUCACCACUACCUACCAGUGAUGGAUUGCUUGUCUAUACUGUGUCACUUGAAUGAAUCCGGAUCCAGAAGUCGGGAGGGUAUAAGCAAGUUUGUGAAGUGAGACACUUUGAAAGACAAGUGGUGGAUACAAAGAGAAAAUAAGCCUUGAAAGAUAUCACACCUUUCUUGAGCAAGUGCUUCCUUCCUUCACUUCUUGGAAUAACUGUGAAGGUGGAUUGUGGACAAUAAAGUGCCAAAGUGACACUGACGAGUGAGACACGUGGAAAGUAUCAAGUCGUGUGUAUUCCUGUCUUCAGUUGUGUCGUGUACUGAAAUAAAAAGGUCAUGAUGUUGGUGUGUCCUGGUUGUCACAUCGGGAUGGCCGCCACUCCGGCCCUGCCGGCGGCUCACUGCCUACCUACAGCCCACCUCACGCCGGCGGGAGUGCAGCCGCCUUAUGUGUGCGGUCGGAUGUUCCAGAUGGGCGGCGCUGCCGGGGUACGGCCGUGUUUGCCGGUGCCACAUGACGCCUGUCAUGUGCUGUGCUGUCUGUCCUGUCCUCACUCCUGCUCUGUUCUGCGUCUCUGCAACGUCCCCGAGGCGCGCAACAAUCUCCAUACCUCAGGCGGAGGCUUAGUGGAGGGGCUGACCGAUGGCGGACGAAGCACUUCUCCUGACACCAAGAUCAACCACAUGGCAGGGCACAACCCCUUCUUCACACCUUGCCAGGCUGCCCUGCCAACUGCCAAGGCGUGCCCUGCCAGCCUACUACUACCGAGUUCCACCCACUCACAGCAGCAGUCGGCCGCAUCUGUUAAUCCUUUCGUCGGAAGCACUCCUGCUGCUGCACCGCCAACUAAAGCUGCUCCGAAGGUCACUCUUACGCCUCCUGAGCCAGACAGCGUCAACGACAGCCAGAUUCUGACGGAAACAAGACGGAAGCUAGAGGAAAGUGGGUGGUACCAUGGCUCCCUCUCGUGGCGGCAAGCGGCGGCACUUCUGCGGGACACACCUGUUGGCACCUUCCUGCUGAGGGAUUCUGCCAGUCCGCAGUGCCUCUACUCCCUUAGCGUGAACACUACCAACGGGCCCACGAGCGUCAGGAUCCAUUAUUCCUGCGGCAAAUUCAGGCUGGACUGCACCGGCCACAGCCAAAGACACACGCCUGAGUUCACGGGCGUGGUGGAGCUAGUGCAGCAUUACGUGGACGUGUCAUCCACGCAAGUAUGGGUGGACCAUGAAGGAAACACCUUCAGUCCCAUCGAUAUCAGGCGGCCGUUGCGACGCUCACCUUCAUCCCUACAACACCUGUGUCGUUUGGUCAUCAACUCCAGUGAUGGAAGCGGCAAGAACAGCAGCAGUGACCUGCCUCCAGCUCUGCGUGGCUUCCUGAAGGCUUACCCGCACACGGUCUGACCCGGGCAGCACCACACACCCAGUGGACUUGUUUCGGAAGAUGCCUGCGUCUCCUCCCGACCACCUGGCUGUCAACCUCGCGGUCACAGUUCCACGUCCAGCAACUGGGAUGUGGGAUGAGCUAUACCCUGCCAGGGCGUCUUCAGAGAGCGGUAGAGGCCAACGCACAAACUUAACUGCGAGCUGCUGCUGAGGGUGCCAAACGUCUCAAAGUGCAUCUGUGAUUAUCUCAACACAUGGUAGCUACUCUAGGACCAACAACACUUUUACGUUCCCUUUCAUAACGUGUCCACUCCCCUCCCGGCCCCACCCUGCUCCAACCCUCCCGUCCCGUUCCGUCCCUUCUCGUCCCAUCCCAUAUCUCCCUUCCCCGCCCCACCCCGCCCUGUCUCACUCCAUCUCGCCCCGCUCUGGAGACUGGUUGGAGUCACUCUCCAACAAGUGUCUCAUGAUCUCAGUUUCUCUCUUCGCCUCCCUUCCCCUGUUCAGAGGCCCCCACAAGUACGCUACAGGUUGUAGCUCUGUUGGGUGCAACAAAUCUUCAAUCAGAUGAAGCACUACCGUGUGUACCUCGUACGCGACGAGUACAUGAGCGUGCAAUGAAACCAGAACACUCCCGCACCGCCUCGCACCUCAACUGCCUCAAGUCUUAUCGCACACCAUGACCUCAGGGGGUCAUUUUCAGGUCACCGACAGUCAGGUCAAUUAGAAGACAUGUGGUUUGCUGACCAAGGUCACUUUCGAAACUCUCGGACCAGUUGCUGUUGUGCCUCUGAGCCGAGAUGAGCAGAUCUGGUGUCACGGUGACGUCUUAUUUAUUUGAACGCUAAUUUAUUUAUGAAAUAUUCUCUCCUACUAUUGGAGAAAAGCGGGUUUCGGUUUGGCUUGAGGCACGAGCAGGUGAGGACGGGGGAGAUCCUGUAGUGUCAGUGUUUACCAGUAUUUAUCAGAGCUGUACAGGCGUGUCACGUGACGGUCAACAGAGCUUCCAUGCUGACCUUUAACUCUGCGGGGCAAAGAAGCCUCAUCUUCUCUCAGACAUAUUAGUGUAGACUAUUUCUCGACCAAUAUAAUUAUGUAGUAUUGUGAAGCAGGAAAGAUGAAUAGUAAAAAGUCAGUCACAUAACUGGGCUGUGAUCCUAGUGUCUCGGGGUGACUCCGCCACUUCAAGGCACAGUGUCUGGCAUUACCGCGCCACUGGAGGUGGACGUGGUGUGCCUUAACUUGCCGCCACUUUUUGGCCCACCAGUUUUUCACUCCACCAAGCUUGUAAAAAUCAAUAAGGUGGUGGCAUAUAUCGGAGAAGAAGCCUCACCUGAACGAGUCAAUGAUCCCUCGAGCCGCACGCCAUUCUUAGUGACGUCACGCCGCUUACGUCCGAUGACAUCACUCACCGUGGCAAUGCUCGGGGGACGCGUCGACCGUGAGGCUUCUCCGCUACGCCCUUGAAGUGGCCCAUGAGUCCUAUGCCGACACACACCUAGUUUUAAUGUGUGUGUGUGUGUGUGUGUGUGUGUGUGUGUGUGUGUGUGUGUGUGUGUGUGUGUGUGUGUGUGUGUGUGUGUGUGAGUGAGUGACAGAGGACUGCUGCUACUCACCUUUGAAGAAAAGGGAAGAUAUGUUCACUAUAGUUGGUUCAGUGAUGAAUAAUGAAGUAACUUGUCAUUUGUGUUAAGUCAUUGGUGUAAAUGAACAGUAAAUUAGGCCAAGGCUUUUUUGAUUAAUUCAUGAUGAUACAUUUUCAUGAAUCACGUACAGGCAAUACAUUUCCAUAAUUUUUUCUUUAUUGUUAAUUACCAUUAUUACUGUUAUUAUUAUUAUUAUUAUUAUUAUUAUUAUUAUUAUUAUUAUCAUUAUUAUUAUUAUUAUCAUUAUUGCCAUCACUAUCAUCAUGAUCAUCAUCAUCAUCAUCAUCAUCAUCAUCAUCACAGUACAACAACUAAUUGAUACGCCAAAUUGUCCCAUCAUUCUCGUCUUGUGUGUGUUACGUGAUUAAUUACUCCGCUUCUGUUGUGUGUCCGGCCUGUGAACCAGGGCAAGGUGUCUGUGGCUUGUUAUGUCCUCUGCAGGAACGACCUCACAUGGGUACAAGUGUCACAUGGUUUGUACUUACGUGCGUUACCACGUCCAAUGUGAAUAAAUAUAUUUUUGACGUAA